UAACUUAUUAUAACUUAAUAUUACGGCCUGCUGCAACGAUAGUGGUCGCGGCCAAACAGUCAUUCGUCUAAGGACCACCGAUAGUGUACGUUCUUCGAUAUAUUAAAGAUAAGGUGGAACCGAAGAGAGAAAAAAAAUCCGCUGCCAUUUUGAAACGCCCGAUGACCGAGUACUAUGACAGACUGUUUCGGACUAUGCCGGUUAUUCGAUCGAAGACACUCGAACGGUAAGAUGGGUGCUGAUUCGUCCAAGGAGUCUAAAGAUAACCUAAACUACGUAGUCGUUCCCACCGGCAACAACAUGGUUCGCCGAUCGGUCAACCCGAGUGGCCAAGGCCCGUUGAACUUGGAAUGGAUCAACUACUGCUUCACGAAAAACGGCCAAAAACACCGGUCCGACUCAUACUAUUGUAUGAACGAGCGGAAUCCCACUCUGGUGGUACGAAGAGGAUUGCCCAUUUGCUUUUACUUAAAAUUCGACAGAGAAUUCGACAUGGCUACAGACUACGUGUCAUUCAUGUUCAAAUUGACAGAAGCGGGAGAUACAAGUUUUGGAAAUAAUACUCAGGCUGUUGUUCCCCUAAAGAAAAACCCAACGAACGGCAAUGGUCAUUGGUCGGCGUACGUGAUGCAUACGGACGAUGUGGGCCCAAAUAUGGUCAGCGUCAGGAUAACGCCACCGAACAAUUGCAUCGUAGGACAAUGGGAGUUUGACGUGGACACCCGGUUGGGACAAGAAGCGGCGUUGUUCUCAGCUAGAGGAAAUCCGUUUUACAUACUGUUCAAUCCAUGGUGUCCAACUGACGAAGUGUACAUAAGAGACGAAAAGCUUCGUGAAGAAUACGUGUUGUGCGAAGAAGGACUGAUGUGGCGUGGCUCUCAUAGCAGGCAGAAAAAAGUAAUGUGGACAUUCGGCCAGUUUCAAAAGAACAUGUUGGAGAUCAGUUUUCUGUUAUUGUUGAAGAUCAGACGAUUAGCGCUAAUACACUGCAGCGAUCCAGUGAAAGUGUCGAGGAACCUAUCUGCCGCGGUAAAUGCACCCGAUGAAUUGGGUGUUAUUGUAGGUAAUUGGACUGAAGAUUUUUCUGGUGGUAACCCACCGAUCAAUUGGUUGGGAAGCGCAGACAUUUUAAAUCAAUUCCUCAAGACAAAAAAGCCUGUGAAAUAUGGACAAUGCUGGGUCUACGCUGGCGUUCUUACUACGGUUUGCAGGGCUAUCGGAAUACCUUGCCGUCCCGUGACGGCAUAUUGCGCAGCUCACGAUACGCAAAACAGUUUAACAAUCGAUUACAUGGUUGACGAGAAUGGCAAAAUACUCGAAGAGCUACAAUCAGACUCGAUUUGGAAUUAUCACGUGUGGAACGAGGUUUGGAUGGCCAGGCCCGACUUGAACGUUCUAGAUCGCAGCUGGCAAGUCAUCGACGCCACGCCGCAAGAAUUGAGCGAGGGCCAGUACAAAUGCGGCCCGUCCAGCGUCACGGCUGUGAAGAACGGAGACAUACGUGCCCCGUACGACACGGCUUUCGUGUACUCGGAGGUGAACGCUGACAAGGUGUACUGGAGAUAUUACGGACCGUCUCAGCCGACCAAAUUGUUGCGCAAGGACACGGAAGCAAUCGGCAAACUGAUCUGCACAAAAGCAGUAGGCAAAUGGGAACAGGAAAACAUCACGGACAACUACAAAUAUCCCGAAAAUUCCAAAGAGGAAAGACUUACAAUGCACUCGGCGUUAAAACAAAAUAAUAGUGUAUUCAGCCGUUAUUAUUUGAACGAAGAUUUCAAUGAAAUCAAAUUCGAUUUCGAAUUAGUCGAUGACAUUAUUGUGGGAGAAAAUUUCAGAGUUGCGGUAAAAAUCACCAAUAAAGGCCACAAAGAUUACACAGUGAAUGUGAUUUUGCGUGUCGAUACCGUGGAUUACACUGGAAAAAAUGGAUCUCUCGUCACCAAAAUCGAAGAACAAAAAGUCGUGCUUCACGAUCCAGGAUUGAAUGUUGAAUACGUUCAAACUGCUUUGACGUACUUUGAUUAUGGUAAGGACGUGAAAAGUCAAAAUGUUUUCAACAUAUCCUGUCUGGCAAGUGUUGUAGACACAGACUAUGAGUACUUUGGACAGGACGAUUUUCGUGUUAGAAAACCGGAUAUAGAGUUCGAAAUGAUCGAGAAGCCUACCAUGUCACAAGAAAUCAAGGUGAACGUGAAGUUCAGAAAUCCAUUGCCCGUGGCUUUGAAAGAUGGAAAAUUCCUAAUAGCAGGUUCAUCUUUGCCAAAGACGUUGGAGUUGAAAGUAGGCAAGGUGAGUGCAAAAAAAACUAUAAACGUAUCGUUUAAGUUUGUUCCGCAGUUCACCGGGAAGCAAGUAAUCUCGGCAAAAUUUACGUCAAAACAACUUCAAGAUGUCGAUGGGUAUUUGCAGUUUAUGGUAUAAAACAUAGAGGUUAUAUUCAUAUCGCUUUAAACUCGUAUAUAACAUUUUUUUUGUGUAAUUUUUAUUUUUUUUCAUAUAUAAUAUUUCUGAUAAAAACUUUGUCCGUAGCUUAAGUUAAGCUACAUAAUCUCUUUUAAAAUGUUAUAUUUUACUUAGUUUUAGUGUUACUAAUGUAUUUAGGUUA